UCCGGGUGCUAUCCAUUUCAGCGAAGCUUGCAAGCUUCAAACACUCCAGCAAGAAAACGAACCAUUGAUAAAGAAAUACUAAGAUCAAUAAGAGCUUCGUUUUCGAUUUUCAAUCGAAUCAAUUAGAGUUUCGGGAGAGCUCCAAUGGCCACUCACAGUUUGUCAUUCUUUUCGAUCCCGUCUCCUUCACAGUCUUGCAAACGACCACAAUCUGAGAACUCUCCAGCUCCCAACCUGAAAUCUCUACCUUGCUCUUUCCUCGGGCGGGAACUCUCGAUUCGUGUUUCGAAUUGGAACGUUCCCACUUCAAAACGACGCAGUUGCGUUGUUGCAACAGUCGCGUUCGAUCUCCCGUCUACGGAUGUAGAAAAAGCUCCUUCUGGGAAACAACCUAAAUGGUCAGCCAGGGCGUUAAAGGCUUUCGUAAUGGCCGAAUUAGAAGCUAGAAAGCUCAGGUACACCACCACUGGCACUGAAGCCUUGCUCAUGGGUAUCUUGGUUGAAGGAACCAGUUUGGCUGCUAAGGCUUUGAGGGAAAGUGGCGUUACACUGUUCAAGGCGCGAGACGAAACUGUGAAGCUACUUGGUCAAUCUGAUAUAUACAUUUUCAGUCCUGAGUAUCCUCCUCUGACGAAACCUGCUCGGAAGGCUCUUGAAUGGGCAGUUGAUGAAAAACUGAAAUCAGGCGAGGAUGGAGAGUUGACUGUAUCCCAUUUGCUUCUUGGUAUUUGGGCACAAGAGGUAUCAGCAGGGCAUAUAGUAAUGGCCACACUUGGUUUUACCGAUGAGAAGGCCAAGGAGCUAGCGAAAACUAUUGACAAGGAUAUCAUAUUAAGCUUCAAAUAGCCACUUCUGACGGUUUAAGCAAUUGACAGUUUGGUUGUUGUCUGGAGGAUCAUUGAAGACUGAAGUGCUGUUGAAACUUUGAGACUGUGUUAGCCUAGUGUUUUGCUGCAGACUGCAGCAAUUUGUUUUCUCUUACCCAACAAACAUUUUGUUCUGUUUUUGUUCAUAAAUGUGAAGAAUUGCUUUGCCAUUACUUUA